UCAAAAUCUUUUUGUCUAUGAUUACUGAUGUUUCUUUCUUGUGAAUUGUGAUGAACAAUCGUAAAAAAUAAUUUAACCAACAGGAAAUGCUUUGAAAUCCUAAAACAAAUUAAAUAAAUCGUCACCAAUAAACCAUAACGCGAAUCUCACAUACGUAUAAUCAUAUGUCAAGAAGCGAUUGCUAAACUGAAGCUGCUCCACAGGUGCAAAUAUGCUAUCUGAUGAAUCAAGCAGUGAUUCAGAAACUGGCAGGUUCAAAGGUCAAACCAAACGUCAAGAUGAUAAAUCUAAUACUAGUACAAAGAAAGAAAAUGUAUUUGGCAGAUCAAUAGGGCGGAACAGGAGAUCUGCUGACAGAUUUAAUAGAGAAGGUGAUAGAAGGCGACAUGAAAGAGAAAAGUUUGAACAGAGAUCAAGAGAAAGACAUAGAUACUCUAGGUAUUCUCCUGUAAGAAAAUACUCACGAGAUAGAAGUAGAGAAAGAAGUAAAAGAUCUUCAGAGAGAUAUAGAGACAGAAGGCGAACACAUUCAAAGCCCAGAGAAGAAAAGUCUAAACAAAGGGAGAGUCGAAGCACAAGUAAAGGCAAGCACAUACAUUCUAGACCUAGAUCUCAAAAAUCUCCUGUAAACACAAGGAAUGUAAGAGAUGAAAUCAAAGGUUUAAUUUCAAAUAAAGAUAGAAGUUCAGAGAAAAUAGAAAAGCAGUCAUGGGAUGAAAAAUCUUCAUCCCCAGAACCUGUAGUAAAGAAAUCAGUAGUGCAAAAACCAACUACUGAAGCUAGAAAGAAGAAGAGUGAUAGCCCUAUAUUGCUUGAUGUACAUGGAAACAGUGAAGGAUCUGAUGAAGUACAGCCUGGCUCAUAUUAUAACAUGAUACCAGCAAUUGUAAAAGAAAAACUUGAAGAUACUGAAGUGAUAUCAGAAGAUUCUAGUGAAAUUGAUUCUUCAGAUGAUGAGAGGCUAAGAGCAAAAUUACUAAAUUUAGAAAAAGAGUUGCAGAAGACAAAGAAGAAGAAACAUAGAAGAAAGCACAAAAGGAAAACUUCAAAGUCUGAUAAAGACAAACGUGACUCAUCAGCUUCUGUAGAAGUGACCAGCACAACAGAUAUUCCGGAUGUUGUUAUUGAAUCUUCUUUACUUGCUAGUGCUGAAGUUUCGUCUACACAAAAAACUGCACAGAAAGAGAGCAGCGAAGAAGGUGAAAUACUAAGUGAUGACUCUCAAAGUGAUAUUGAUCCAAACGACUUAAGACAUAAACUUAAGAGAUCAAAAACAUCCCAAGGCCAGCAAAACAGAGAUGCUUGGGGCCCGGCACUACCUCCACAUUUAGAUAAAAAUUUUAAAGAAAGUGCAUCACCGGAAGGACCAUUGUUACCUCCUCAUUUACAGAGAAAGGGCCAUAAUAUAGGGCCAUCAAUACCUGAAGACAUGAGGAAAGUUUUAGCUGAAAAUAGUGAAAUAAUUCACGAAGUCAUACAUGACAGUUCAGACGAUGAUGGAAUAGGGCCAUUACCUGCCGGGGCUGAAAAUAAAUGGACAGAGGCGCACCAACAUCUAGAAGAGAGAGCUAUGGAGAUGAAAAUAAAGAAACUUGAUGGAUAUUCAUUAAAGAACUCCAACAUCAAAUCUAGAGAACAAUGGAUGCUGGAACUACCAGAAGGCAAGACAAAAUACUUGGGAUUAGAAGCUAGAAGUUUUAGAGCAAAAGAAGGACCUGAUAUGUCUGAUAGGUCAAGUUGGACGGACACUCCUGAAGAUAAGGCUCGUAAGGCGUUAGGUAUACCAAAAGAAGAGGAUACCAAUGUUACACUGCAAAGAGAAGCAAGGGAACGUCACGUUGCAAGGCGGGACGAAGAACAAGAGAAAGCUGCCAAAAAACACAAAAAGAAGCAUAAAAGGGAAGAAAGCUUAUUGGAUAUGCACCAAAAGAAACUGAAAAAGAAGAAAAAGAAAGAAGACAAAGAUGAGGAGAAGAAGGAACGCCGUCCAUUCAGUCGCGACCAGGACUUGCAAGUCAACCGUUUCGAUGAAGCUCAAAAGAGAUCCAUCAUCAAGAAAGCUCAAGGUUUAAACACCAGAUUUUCUAGUGGUGAAGCAAAAUAUUUGUAGGGAAGUCACACUUUUUUAUCUGUCUACCUAUUCAUGAUAUUAUAUAUGAUUUUUUUUUUUUUAUACAGAAUUUAUGCUACACAUUUGUAGUAAAUAUCAAACUUUCAUAAAUUUUGUGGGUCAACUUGUUAAAUUCAACUCAAUAUUAAAGUUUUUGUAAUUUACAUACACACAAUCACAAUACAUACUGAAUGAUGAUGAAUUAUAUUAUUUUAACGAUAUACUCGUAAAGUAAAAUCGAGUAAAGUUUAUUCUUGAUGUUAAAGUAAAUAUAUGUACCUAUUUUAAGUGUACUGUUUAUUCAGAAAGCCAGAUUCAAGUAUAUUUGUGCUCCAUUUAAAAACUUUCUGAUUGAAUAUUGUCUCUAAACAGUUGCUAACUGUGACCAACAACAAUACAAUUGGCUUAGGGAAACUAAACACGCAAAGUAAUUGCAACAAGAGAUUAGGGCUGUCAUGUCUAGAGUGUGACAUUUAAAGCUUUGGCUUAAGGUGCUGAGCAUUCACUUGUAAUGAGCAUUCGCGCGAAUGUUACAUCACAGAAAUAUACGAGAACAUUUUAGCGAGCAGUUACUUGGACCUUUUUGCCGACACAAGAUGUUCAGUUUCAAAAUUCUCAAGAUAUUCGUAGCAAUAAUUAGAUCUAUGUUUCUCUCGUUGUUCAGUUCAGAUGUUCUACAAGUGAAUGCUCAAGUCUAUCAGCACUUAGGGAAACAUGAAACUCAAAAGGACGUUUGUAGAAGGAGACUAGGGCUGUUUGAUUAUUAUUUGUUAAAAGGCUUUCUGUAAGAAAAUCCUUAAAUUCAAAGGAACAUUUGUGGGAAAAGACUGGAGCUUUUUGAACAAAUUGUGAGACUUUUGGGAGGAUACUGGGGUUGUUUGAUCCACAUAUAAGACUUGUUGGUGGAUACUGGGGCUUUUUCAUCCACAUAUGAGACUUGUUGGUGGAUACUGGGGCUGUAUGAUCCAUGUGUGAGACUAAACCUCAGGUUAGGGGAAUGUUUAACUCAAAAGAACUUUUCCAAGAGAAGACCAGGGCUGUUAGAUACAAGUGUGUGUGAUUAAAAGCCUUGGCUUAGGGAAAGAGUAAACUCAAAAGAACGUUUAUUUAGGCUGUUGGAUCAGAGUGUGAAAUUUUACAAAAUGUAAGCCUCCGUACAUAUUUGAUGCUAUUUCAGCGCGAUCACUGACCACGUUUCGCAGUCAGUCGCGUAACCAACAUGGUUGGCUAAUUGCAGUGUAAUAUGCGCCAAACUUAAAGUCCGCUCUGAAGUUGCAACGGGCCGAACUGCGCAGAUAUUAUAACUGGGAUUUUGUAUCUGUGCCGCCAUUCGCCUCGUUUUCAGCGCGGAAGAAGUUUAACGUAUAGGUAUUGUUUUCGCAUUGUAAUAAAAGCUUUUACUAAUUUUAUGUAGACUUAUGUAUUGGUUAUUAAGGUACUUAGUAUUGUUUAUUGAUGGAUUAGUAUAAAUGCGAAUAUUUUGUAAAUAUAGACACAUGAUUUUAAUUAAAA